AUGGGACGUGUCGUCGUCGUCGUGAGUCUCUUGCCGAUUUUUGUGCGAGUAAGCCUACAGGUCUUGUUGCUGCCCAUUCUCAUUUACGGCGUUAACAGGACGGAUCCAAUCACGGCACAUCUUGACCCACUAUGAACGUAUUCGUAAAUGGGAACUUCCAUCUCUUCAAAGGGCCUAUCUCUUUAGAAUGUAAAUUCUAUUUAUGUCUGUCGACAGAUUUCCAAGCUGAGGGUCCUCUCACACUUAUGACAGAUGUGCUUAAUAAGAGCCCAGACACGUGUUUCAUAGGUUUUCUGAGGAUGAGCGAAGUCUGUCAGUGGAUUUGUCAGAGUCUUCAAUGUGGUUUCUCGCAACGCUCCGGGUAUGAAAUUUCAUGAGAGACUGUCAGACUGACUCGAGCUUUUGAGAAUAUGGCCUUUUAUGUACAUGGAUUUGUAUACGACCGGUUACACUAAAGAUCGUCAAUUUCUGUAGAAUGAUUGCCUACCAGACGUGAAAUGCGCUGCCCCUGACGCUGUACUCUAGCCUCGCUUGGUAAUUUCUGAUGGAUUUUUUUUAAAAAAACUAUUUUCACGUUAGAGAUGUCUCUGUACCAGUAGACGCAUCACACGUGUCGAAGCUUCACUGAAACUUCACAUCCCGGAUUUCCCUCUUUAGCGAGCCUUACAAAAAGGACGAUGAGAAGCAAUAGUUUACAGUAUCUGAGGGUAAGCUACACUCUAAACUGACUGUAAAACUCGUGCAAGAGCUGACUGUUUUUACUGUUUCCUGUGAAGUCAAAAACAAACACCAAACUGCAAGUUUCUCCGUGGGAAUCGGUCUUGCCAGUGCUUUUCAGCCUGAGAAAAUCCUAUGUCUGGCCGAGUAUUACUCAGAACUUCUGCUGGUCUGGGCGUUGCUGCUUAUAUUUCAAAUUUCGACCCGUUUAAGGCCAUCGCUGAUUGAUGGCUGUGAAAUACUGAAAGCGGUUACUUCACUUUCCCUUAUGGAUCUGUAGGGUGCAAUAUCGAGGGCGUUCCUAAGUUAAAAGACGACGAGAAGUAUGGGGCAGGCCGCUCUUAUUGACGCAGAGCGCACAAGCGGUUGGUGGCGAGCGGCGGCGGCAGGAGUGAUUGGGCUGCGUUGGUUAAAUCUACGUGAAUAGCACGCUGCCUAUUGACACAUCGCCGAGUAACAUCAGAGUAAAAGGAGGCAGACCGCUAGUGACGGCGAUCAGAAAAACGUCGGGCCUACUUAGAUAGGAGAAGCGGCGUGAUCUGUCAGUGGCCGCGACUAUGUUCUGGGCGCUCACAUUUCCACGAAAAUGCAGACUCACUCUACACCUACAUAUAGGCACAGUCGGCAGCUUGUUCUCCAUGCUAGAGUAGCCCCUAUUGGCAUUUCCAUCUGUAGAACGACAUUUGCUUAAAAUUGCAAUGAAACGCGCACGCCGUAUCUUGGCGAGGUUACUACUAAAGUUUAAAUGGGAACUGCAUAAUUCAGGUCGAAGAUGACGAGUAUUCGUAAGAAACAGGACGGUUUAGGGAUGCUAAAGAGUUGCAGAAUUGGUGUCGUUGCCUGACUUAAAGGUACCUGACUCAAAACGCCGGAGCCAGAAAAAGAAAUCUCGGUAAGCAACCGCGAAAGUACGUGCGCGCCGCAACUCUAGCCACAGCUGCUUUGUUCUAGACCCAGCAAUCUGGGGUUUGAUAAAGUUACGAUAAAGCUACGAUUGCGUUCUCCGACUGCGUCAGUAUAAGCACCGUCAAGAAAACCAUUUUAAAGGGUAAAUUUUACGUCAAAUCCUGUAAAAACUACCGUUACAAUAUGACCAAGAUCCGGUCGACAUCUUUGAUGUCCGCUGACUUCUUUAUUAUCUGUAUCCGUGCCACGUGAUGCAUUUACAUUCGGGAUCUCGAAAGCUGAAAAGUUUAUUGAGGCCAAACCCUUUCACCAAAAAGUACAAUCGUAAAGUGGUCUCAAAUAAAUUUAAAAGUGCACUUCGUUUUGUCUCGAAGAUGCGUUUCAAGUGCCUCACAAAAGGUCUCAUAACCACGAGCAGCCACUGCACCAAGGGUGACCCGAUAAAGCAAUAGUUGACAUACUCACCUUUUACUCCGAUUCAACGGAUGCCUUGUGGACCUUGUAAAGAAGAUUCCAAGAUACGAAACGCUAUCGAAGCCGAACGGUGAAAGUAUAAUACGAAGACUAUAUUCUGUACCACAUGCAAGAAUCUCGAUGAUGUUGUGCGUGGAUUCGUCCAUAAUGAAGCAGACUUGUUGCCCGUCCACCACAUUCCCACUUCAUGCACAGCGUACACUGAUGGAUAAGCAAAAUGGCCCGGCUAUACAUGUCACACGCACGACCGGGUCACGCUGCAUAUAACCGACUGCAUAUGGGGGGGUGGCUAAUUAAGGUUUGAGGUGCCAUAAAGACCAAAUUAAGAGGACACAAUGCAGCAGGACACUGUUCUUGGAGAGGGCUAGUUGCCCCAGUACUCGGCAAACUUCCAAGGCACGACAUUUAGUGUUUUAUGGUAAAUUUAAAAUCAUCUGAUUGAUAACAACUAGGAAAAGCUGAUGCUCCAUGAAGGUGGGUUCACCAAUGUCGAAAUCUUUGUCUCUUCCCUCUAAAAACAGGCAUUAAGCUGAACUAACCCGACAAACUGAUGAGGAAGUCGGGCUCACUGGUCGAAUAAGCUAACCGGCAGGCCUGUGCCAGUCACGCACACGCUAGCUUCUAUUCAGCAUGUGUCAGGCAGUACGGAACGACUUGUAACCCACGACAGUCAUCUGGGCAUUCUGUGACAUGAAAAAAUUCAAACGCAAUAGUGGCGAAGAGGGGGAGGAUCGAGCGGUUGUUCAGAGAAAGGGCCAAGAAGUGACCUGGGAAGCGUCUUAUAUGCGUAUGUUGUGAAAUAGGAUCAUGAGUGUCACAGAGGCGUAUAUAAUCAGGGCGAUCUAUGUUCCCCAACCCAAAAGGAUUGCACCGCUUCUCAGCUCCGAUGGAACAGAUUUCUGACGGAGAAGUCACAGAUUCUGAAGCGCUGGGACGAGCACUUCAAAAACGCCCUCAACCGCCCCCCUGCAAUCUCCGAUGUCGCCGUCGACUGGCUCUCCCAAAUGGAAAUCAACGUCGAACUAGCUCUCCUCUCCUCCCUUCUAGAAACCAUCCGUACUAUGCAACAACUCUCCAGCGGGAAAGCACCAGUCUCCCAUGCAAUCCCAAGAGAACUCUACAAGCACGGCGGCCACCGACUGAUGGACCAACUCACCAAGCUAUUUCAGGAGAUUUGGCGCUGUGGACAAGUCCCUCAGGAUUCCAAGGACGCAACCAUUCUUCACGUCUACAAACUCAAAGGGAACUGA